GCACAACAAUGUCAAACUCAGACCUGGAGAAUGAAACUUUUGUCUCCGAUAAAGAACCAUCUCAACAUAUUUUAUCAGAGGAACCCAAUAAUGCACAUGGAAAAACCUCCGAAGCACAGACCGAAUCUUCAAAAACUUCUCCUGAACACGUUAACGAGAGAAUGUCUGAAGCCGAAACAGAAUCGUCAACAAACUUAGGAACAAAUUUGAGGAGAUCAACAAGAAACAGAAAGCCUCCGAAAUAUUAUUCACAGGGGGAAGCAUCUAUACCUGCACGAAAAUCUCGGCGAAUGGAUCAUGAUCGAAAAGAAGCAGAAAACAUUUCUGACGAUGAUGUUACAUCUGAAACGGAUGUCGCUGCUGAACCUACGUUCGAGAUACGUAGAAAACGAGGAAGGCCAAGGAAAUCUUCAGUAAUACACAAAAAUUCUAACAAAGUUACAAGAAGAUCAAAAAAUAAAACAUCCAGACGAGAUCUACAGAACACACCGGAAGGAUCCCAGGAUAAUUUGACAGAUAAUAUGCAAGACGAUGAGGUGGAAGAUUCAUCGGAAUCACAAACUUUAAACAAACGAAGUUCAAAAGCAGGUGGAUCACACAAGCUUAUGGAGGAAAGUGGUCAAACCAUAUAUGACGCAAUUUUCGGGUCAAGUUCCUCUUUAGAAACUGUUGCGUUUAACUGGGAGAAGGCCUACAAAAGAGAAAAGAACAACAAUCAUAGUAGCUCUUUGUUAACAUUGAUUAAUUUCAUAAUUCGGUCAUGUGGAUGCACAGAUGUUAUAGAUAAGAAAACUUUUGAAGAGACGGAUGAUAUAACUAAUGUUCUCAAAGGAUUACAAGAUGUCUUUAAGAAGGAACUAUUGGCAGAUUAUCCUUUGAUUUCAAAAGCACGAGAAUACAAAAAAUUUCGCAAGAAUUUUUUGGGUUUUUUUUAUCGUCUUAUAUUACAUUUGAAAUAUGACGUGAUAUACGAUGAUUUUUUCAUGGACACAUUACAAGCUUGGGUAGUUCCUAUGUCUAGUUCCUGUUCUCGUCCUUUUCGACACACGGCAACCAUGGUGGCUCUUCAUUUGUUCAGUUGUAUCUGCGAAGUGGCGCAUGAAGUUUGCAAUGAACUAUCCAUUGCUUCGCGUCAAUUAGAACUUGAGAAUAAAAAACCACGAUCUACAAAAAAUAUGGAGAGAAUUAAUGGUUUACAAUUAAAAGCAACAGAUUUAAGUCAGAAAAAGAAUAAAUUGUAUUCUCAUUUUGACGACCUUUUUGAUAGUGUAUUUGUCCAUCGUUACCGAGAUGUUGAACCAAUUAUCAGAUCAGAAUGCAUUCACGAAUUAGGUAUAUGGACUGUGAAACAUCCGGAUCGAUUCUUGGAUAAUACUAUUAUUAGAUAUGUUGGUUGGCAAUUAUCCGAUAAGUCGGUCAUUGUAAGAUUAGAAUCCCUAAAGGUUCUCGAACGACUGUACGCAGAAGAAACAUUUGUAAGCGGUUUGCGUAUUUUUACGGAGAGGUUUAAACCUAGAUUGUUGGAAAUGGCUAUACGGGAAUCCGAUAUUAAUGUUCGCAUAUCCAGUAUACACAUACUCACACUUAUUCAUCAAAUCGGAUUGCUGGAUGAUGAAGAGCGUGAUCAAUUGUCUCUUCUCAUGUAUUGCGACAUAUAUAAAGUACGGAAAGCUGUUGCGCCUUUUAUUAAGAUAUCCCUUGAUGAUUUUAUAAAGGAGAAACGCACAAAAGUUCAAACUCUAAUGGUCGGCAGUGGUACCAAGAGAAAACGAAAUAUUGAUAUCGGAUCCAACAAUGAGGCAAAUGCCACCAAACAGAGCUGGGUUUCGUUCAAAUGUUUAGCCGAGUUUUUUGUGAAAUACAACAAAGCCUUAGAGGAUGCUCAAAAGGAAGACGAAGCAAGCGAUCGAGAGGAAGACGAAAUUGAUGAGGUGGAAUUUGAUUACGGAGCCUUAAUUCACAGCACAGGUGAUAUGGAUAGUAGUAGAAUAGGGUUUGCCGUCCAGGACCUUUGGGCAGAUAUAGAUGUAUUAAAGGAAUGGCGCAAAUUGGCUGAUUAUCUUUCUAAAGACCAUUCAUCAACAAGUCAAGGUCCGAGAUCACCAAGUAGUGGAAAUUCUAGUAAUAGUAUUGAAGAGUUUUACCGCUUAAGCGAAAAGGAGGAAUCCGCUUUGGUGGAGGUUUUUGUAAAGUGCAUGCAAUUAACUCUAUCCGAUAGUUCCGCGCAGAAAGAUAAAAAAAAGACCGAAGGACAGAUGGAUGAAACACGUGCCGAGAUUUCGAGAACAAUGAUAACUAUAUUACCUCGGCUCUUGACAAA